AUGGCUGAUACGGAGGAGCUCCCUUCCCUGACGGAUUUGUUGGAGGAGAUCAGCACAGCACGUGAGACCGCUCGAGUGCAGUGGCGGCAGAAUCUGAGGAAUUCGCGGCGGGUCCCGGGUGCCUGGGCAGAUGCGAACGCCCUGCCGCGCCAGCGCACAAACUGGCGUUUCGACCCUGCCAGCUUCAAAGAUGAGCUGCGUGCGGUCGCAAAGCGCUUCCGACUGCCACUGCGACGGGGACCCUCGCGGAAGCCUCUCGAGGCUCCGAACAUGAAGAUCCGAAGCCCUCGCGAGAUCGCUCCCUUCAUUCCGCUCCUCGAGCCGCACCUCAACGAGUGGGAUGCCUCCAGGGCAGCACUUCCCCAGCGCCGCUUCCCAUUGAUGGGCUUGGGACGGUUCACAAACACGAAGCUGCAGGGCAAGCCUCCUUGGAAGGACCCGAAGACGCUGCCGCCUUUCUGCAGCGUGGCUCCGGCGCCUGCUGCACCGGCUCCACACAUGCCGCCACUGAUAGCUGUUGAUCUUUAA